AUGGUUCGAGUCUCAAUUCUUGUAACAUGUGUCAUCUCUCUAAUGUUUGUGGUCUUGACAGACCAUGCUCAAGGUUUAGGUGUCAACUGGGGAGCAAUGGCAUCGCACCCUUUGGAUCCCAGCAAUGUAGUAAAGAUGCUCAAGGACAAUGGGAUCAAGAAAGUGAAGCUUUUCGACGCAGAGCCUGCCACCAUGAAGGCCUUGUCCGGGUCAGGUAUUUCGGUCAUUGUUGGAAUUCCCAAUGAAAAGUUGGCCUCAAUUUCUUCAGCUUACAAACAUGCCCAAAAAUGGGUGAAAGAAAACAUCACCAAAUAUGAUCAUAACGGGGGCGUUGAUAUCAGCUAA